AUGACGUCAGUAACGCAGUCAAUUCCCGAAAAAAACGCCCUACUAGUGGAGUAUCCUGGCUACGUGAAAGACUCAGAUGCAGCCAUCCAGACUUUGGGAGGUCUCGAGGCGAUCUCAGCCACAGCAGAUGGGUCUUCCCCAGUCAUGUCGCUGCAUUUGCGCCCUGGAGAUCCGCUCUCACAUCCCCUUUCGGGAUACAAACAGAGCACGCGUGGGUUGCUGUUGCGCAUCUCUCGCAAUGCAGGUGCAGCCACCGACAGCGAGGAGGAGUUAAAAGCAGAGGUGAUGGCGCAUGUGAAAUUUGCCGUGCGUUUCCCAGGCUUGGCAGAUUUCCAGUACGUCUCAUGUGAUCCCCGACCCCUGCACGAGCAGGUUGCACAGCAGGAGGGCCCUCCAGGGCUGGAGACAGAGCCCAUGCUGUUCCCUCCACCCCUGUUCACCAAACAGGACCUGCCCAUGGAUUAUGCCUUCAGGAGCUAUUACGGGGCUGACCCAGACUACAUGAAGACAGGCGUCAGCAGCCUUGGGAGGGGCAUCGGAAGGCUGGCGGCCCACGUCAUAAACUUCCAGGCCGUCAAUGUGCUGGCCCCUCUAUCUGACCCUGGUGCAGAGGGGGCCGGCCUGUACAAGGACCGCAAGCUGGUCCUGAAGGACUUCUCUGAGCUGAUGGCCGAGCGCCCGAUUUGGAGCAGCGCUGCUCUCAAGGAGCGUGUGGAGUCCAGCUUCACAGAUGUGGAAUUUGACAUCAUGCUGCCACGCAUUGCCUACAUGUUCAGGAACGGGCCUUGGAGAGGUUUGUGGGUCAGGCGUGGGUAUGACCCUCGGAGUGACCCCACCAGCCACAAGUACCAGGCAGUGGACUACAGGGGUGUGGAGAGGAGUGCUGCAGAGGCGUCUGGAAGUUCGGGUCCAUCUUACAAGGAUGUCACCUCUUUUGCAGCCAUCCCAGUUGGCGAAUGCAUCCUGCAGCUGUGCAAUCUGGCGGAUGACUACAUACAGAGUGUGAUUGACAAGCCAGCCCAACUUGAAACCUGCAGCCUCAAAUCAGGCUGGUUCUCUUUGGAAGUGUGGCAUGAGCUGCGGGAGAGAGUGGAAUCUCGCUUUGCUGCUCUUUGCCAGGCAGCUACUCCCAGCAGGGGCUCAGCCGAGGCCAUUGGGGCUACACAACCUGCAGCAGCCGGCCAGCCAGGAGCGGGCACCAACCAACAGGAUAGUGCCGGGGCUUCCAGCGCAGCCACAGAGCAGCCGCAGCCCAAUCCAGACGCCCCUCAGCAGGACGCCAGCAUGUCAGAAAGAGGAGGGAAGCCUGACGUCCCGCCUGUGCACUUCCCGAGGGAGUCUACCCAGAGAGCGGGCAAUGCAGGGGCUGGCUUGGCGGCGGCUGCCGAGCCGCCGCAGCCGGCCGGCGCUGAUGUCAGCGCUGCGGGUGACUUCAGCAUGGCGGACGAUGUCAGCGGCGUGGCCGAGGGCGCGGGGCCCCCGGGUGCGGCGCAUGACAUUCUGCCGGCGGUAUACCUGCAGUCUGUGCUCGACAGCUGGCAGGCCGAGGGGCCGCCGCCGGUCGCGCCGAGCGCCGCGGAGCUGCUGGCGGCUUCCGGAGGUGACGCAGGGGAUUUUGAGAUCUACGAGGGUUCUGAUGAGGAAGGGGAGGAAGCUGAUGCAGCGGAUGAUGACGCUGGUCUCACCGAGGAAGCCCAGACAAACGAUGAGGCGGAAGACAGCGAUGAGUCAGCUGAUGAUCGAGGCCAGGCAGCAGCUGGAGGGGAUGAUGCAGAGGGUGCUUUGGGAAAAGGGGAGACUGAGGGCGAAGAAGAAGAGUCUGAAGAGUCAGAGGAGGAGGAAUCGGAGAUGGAAGAUGAAGACAUGGAGGAAGCAUACAAUGAGGAUGAUGACGUUGGUUGA